GUGUCAACAAUUGGUCCCAGCACUCAGGAGGCUCACAGCAAAUAGUGCAACAGGAACUCUCUGGUGCCUUGGCCCUCCCAGUUACACAGCUCGGUGCAGCCUGCAGUCUAGGUUCAAAGGCAGCUCCUUCCGUGUUUCACUUCACCCUCAUUCAGCCCCCAAGCUGCUGAGAGACAAGCGAGCGAGUGAUCAACGCGAAGCAGGCAGACUUCUCCACUCUUUCAUCUCCGCGACUUCUGGGGGCAGCGACAGUCAGGAGACCUGAAGGCCUUCAUCAGCUUCCUCAAUAGUCCGUCGGCUUUUACUGGGUCUCCUCACUGAAAGCCACAGCAGGGUUCGCGUUGACUUGAUUUCGCCUCUUGCUCCAUGGUGACCUGCUACAUGUGAACAAUGACUACCCCAUUCCCAGAAAGUUCUCCUCCUGGAAACACUCUUGUGAAUAGCAGCGAUAACAUGGAUUCUGCGGUCAUUGGAGGUGUCAUAGCCGCCGUGGCCUUUGUGGUCAUCUGCCUGCUGGUGGUUAUGAUCCGUUACCUGUACAGGCACAAGGGCACCUACCGCACCAACGAGGCCAAGGGCACGGAGUUCGCCGAGAACGCCGACGUGGCCUUGAAGAAUGAUCCCAAUUUCCAAGACUCUGUGGAUGAAAGUGAAAACCCAGAAGCUUGAAAGUCGUUUCUCGGAUUACAACCCUGUUGUUCUUUGUCCCUCGAAGACUAGAUUUUGCGUCAUUGCCUGUCGGACCGAUUGCAGUUGGAGCACUUGCUGAGCGGCUGUGGAAGGAUUUGUUACGUCACGGAAGAAAGCCAUUUAGCCACGGCGACGUUUCACAAGAGCAAUGCAGCUGGUUCCAUUUCCCCAUUAGCCCGAGAAAUGUUUUUCUUCUUCUCACGCAAAACCAUUUGCUUAUUGAAAGCCAAAAUUUGGAAUCCAUUUCCACCAACGUUCAAGGCUCAGUGGAAACAAGUUUAAUACAAUCUUUUAUGAGCUUAAUAAUGUCUGAAGAAGGAUCUCGACCCUGAAACAUCACCCAUUCCUUCUCUCCAGUGAUGCUGCAUGUCCCGCUGAGUUACUCCAGCAUUUUGUGUCUAUAUUCAAUUUAAACCAGCAUCUGCAGUUCCUUCCUACACAUGAAUACAACUGGCAUUGGACCAAGGAGACGGCAGGAGUUGGUUUUAACGUCACCUAUUAAUUUUCUCCAGAGAUGCUGUCUGACCCACGGAGUUACUCCAGCUUUUUGAGUCUAUCUUCGAUGCUUUUAACAGAUUUAGUUGUUAUAAUCUGAAAUACCUUUGAACGUAUCAUUCAUCUCAAUACAAUUUUAAGGCAGGCUUACCAAAGGCCAUUGGCUGAGAUGGUUAUUUUUCUUUGCCCGAUCUAUUGAAUAUUUCCAAUACUUAUUGACUCCUGAGUUCCUGCAUCUGAGGUAUUUUAUUUCUUGGGCCCUUUAACUGUGCCACUUUCAAGAGCUCAGGAUAGAGUUGAAUAAACAUGUUUAUCCUAUAU